GCUAUAAAAUAUUAUAUCUACAAUGGAAUCAUAGAAAUAGCCGCCUCCUUCAUUCCCUCCUUUUCUCGGUUUCUCCUUCUCUCUCUCUCUCUUCACUAAAAUCAGAACAAUGACAAUCCACCGAUACGAUUCAUCUACUUCAUCUUCUUCUUCCAAAUCCAUGGCGGUUGUUUCCAUCGAGUGCCUCAAAGGCGGUGGCGGUGGUGGUGGUGGUUCCACGGCCGAUAUGCUCCAGACAGGCGACAUAGUUGAGGAGAUUCUCUUCGGCGAUGGCCACUCCGUUAUACGAGCACCAUUCAAAAGCGGUAAGGCCGGCUUACAGAGAGUCCUCCACGCCUCCUUCAAGUCCAAGGACACGGUCAACAUCUCGGUUCGCGUCCGACGUGGAUCAAAUUCUUUUGCCGAGCUAAAGGCCUACAUCGUUCCUAAUGAAUCCGCCGGUAAGAAACAGUAUAUGCUCCGUGCAGUUGACGAUCCUAACUACAUCGUAGGGUUUCUCGAUCGAACUGAGGCUGAGUGUUUCGCUCUUCAAGCUGCUCGAUUGGAAGAUGUUCUAGCAGGAACUGAACUUCAAGACGGUUACGUCUCAUAUCCAUGGGAGAAGAGAAUGAAGGAGAUGCAAUCUGUUGUUCCUAAUUGUAGCAGCGGUUUUCUCUCAAUCCUCUUCCUUCCCAAAUUAGCUUCUGAAUCACGCUAUAACGAUCUUGAGGAUACUCUUGCAAGAGCUAAUGCUUGGAUGAAUGCUUCUCAGGCAUCAGGCGUUCCCGUCGCCUUCGUCAGUGUUCAGACUGAAUCCUUACUCACCAAGAUCUCUGGAGGAAAGGCGUCUUGUACAGUAAGUGCGGGAUCAUUGUCAGAUUUGUCUAAUCUCGCUACCACAAGUCUAUACGGAUUCGAGGAUUAUCACGGGCUGGACAUCGGAGUUGUGCGGGCAGUUCGUCUCUGGUAUUCAUCAUUCGGAGGAGAGAUUCCUGUAGAGAUCGAGCUUAAAGAAGGUGACACGAAGCUAGGUUUUGCAAUUAGUCGUACAGAAGAGGGAUUCAUCUACAUCUCUUCUGUCAUUGACGGAGAUGAGAAUGCGCCUUCGUCGCGUUCAGGACUGUGCAAUCUACAUAAGGAGGCAAUGAAAGCUUCCAAACUUCUUGUUGUCUCUCGAUUAGGCAACCAAAAAGUUCUGCCAUGGAUAACUUCUUCUACGGGAGCUAUCCGAUGUUACGACACGGUUUCUCUCAGCCAGAAGCUCUCUUUACACCGCCACGCAAAGGUCUCAGUCACAAUCCACGUUUUCCUGUGGGAACGUAAUGAAUGUAGAGCCGUCGAGACGAUGCCGGUAACUGAGGAGCGGGUGGCUGCAACAUUGGCGGCGGUAGUGGAGAGAGGAAGUGCGGAGGAUUUCUCAUUUAGGUUUAACGAUAUAAUAGAGAAACUGACUAUGCUGGAGAAUUCUCUGGAUAGGGAUACUGAUCAUCCUGUGGGGGAAAACACCACCGCCGGAGAAACGUCUUUCCGGUUUCAUGACUUGGUGCUUCCCAACAAUAAUUGGGGAGGCCUUUGCCGCAGCAGUAUUGGACAAGGGGGCUUAGCUCCUGUAAUCCUACUGGUAGCAGUGGAUGUUUGGCCUGAGCCAAUCAUCAGCCGAGGCAGGUGA